AUGGCGGUGGAGACGUCGAGAAUGACAGGUGUUGUGUCCAAGUUCAACAACCAAAAAGGCUACGGAUUCAUCAAGCCUGACGAUGGAUCCGAGGAUCUAUUCGUUCAUCAAUCUGAGAUCAAAUCCGACGGCUACCGUUCUCUCUACGAAGGCCAGAAAGUGGAGUUCACCAUGACUGUGAAGGGUGAUAAGUAUCAGGCUAAUGAUGUCACUGGUCCUGAUGGUGCUCCUCUCGAUAGUGGCCGUAACAAUACCCGUGGUGGUUACGGCUAUGGCGGUAGCGGUUAUCGCAGGAACGGCGGUGGUGACGGUGGAUAUCGUAGUGGCGGUGGUGAGUGUUAUGCUUGUGGGAGGACGGGACAUUUAGCUAGGGAUUGUGAUCGUAGCAGUGGAGGCGGUGGUGGUGGCAGAGGCGGCGGGUGUUAUAACUGUGGUGCCACUGGGCAUUUAGCUCGGGAUUGUGACCGUNACUGUGGAGAGGCAGGGCACUUUGCUAGGGAAUGCACUAGCCAAUCCGUCAACUGA